AUGCAAUAAAUUCCAAUGAAUCUGUUGAAAUAAUUCAUUCAAACUCUGCCAUAAAGUGACUUGUCAUUUGCCUAUGGAUCAGCUGUUCAACCUUAAUUCAAUUAUGAUUAUACAAAAAACAAGCCUAUGAUAGACUUAAUCAUUGCGGUAGAUAAUGUGGAAGAAUGGCAUAAGCAGAAUAUUCAGAUCAAUUAAACAGUAUAUAUAUGACUACCAUAGCAUUAUAGUGGUUUAAGCUAUUAUUUAGGAAGCAGAUUCAUACAGAGGAUGAAUGUUGAAAUAUUCCCUAUCCAUUUCAGUCCCUUUGUUUAAUAUCAAGAUUUGAAAUUGAAAUAUGGCGUUGUGUCCACUAAAGAAUUAAUCAAAGAUCUAGAAAAUUGGAAAUGGCUAUCUAUUGCUGGGAGAAUGUAGAAACCAAUAGUCACUAUUUAAGAAUUUGAAGAUUUAAGAUUUGAAAGAGCAUGCAUUUCUAACUUAUAAAGUGCUAUAGCUGUUGCUAUUUUGAUGGAUUUCAAAUCAUCGAUGUCAUUAUAAGAGUUACUCUAUAGUGUGAUAAGUUUAUCCUAUUAUGGUGACAUUAGAUUUACUCUGGGAGGUGAAAACUAAAACAAAGUCUUCAACAUACUCAAAGGAAAUUAUAAAAAUAUAACUGAUCUCUACCUUACAAAUCUUGGAGAUCUCAAUAAUGUGAUUAAAAUCUAAAAAGAUGGGGAAGUCUUAAUUGAUACUAGCAUAAAAUCAUUGUAAUCAGUUCUGUAUUGAUUUAGGGAGUUCUUAUGUUCAAUGAUACCUGGAUAAUUGUUAAGUAUCAUAUUGGGUGAAAAGGACAAUAUGGGAACAUUAAAAAUGAUGAGUUAAGAUAGAAUCAAGGAUCUCAUAAAAGAAAGCGUCAAAAGGAAAAAUCAAUUUUCUUCAAGACGUAUGCUCUUCUACAAUUUAGCCAUGAUUUCUCCUUUAUUGAGUGUUAAAUAUGGAAUUUAGAAGUUAAGCAAACGCUUUAAAUGA